GUGCUGGGAGAGAGCUGAUAUUUUGCCUGAUGAGUUGGAAGCCAUUAACUAUGAACCACCAGAUAAUAAUAGUGAGAUAGAAGAUAAAAUCGUACAAUCGCUUAUUGAUCGAAUAGUUGACGAUAUCGAUUCCGUCAUAAGGAUUAUAUUGAAAUUGAUGAUACUUUAG